CGUUAAGAGAGAGAGAGAGAGAAUUCAAAUUACCACACAGCUCAAGAGGCGUUCGCGGUAAUUGGUAUUCCUCAACUACGCUGAGAGAUGUAAAGCAUCAGCCGCGGCGCAUAACGGUAUCCAAAAACAACGAGCCACGCCGCGUAGUCGAGAUUCGUCAAAUAAUCUCACGACACCUGCAGUUCCUUCCGACCGACCCUCACCGCGUUGCAACGUGCGGCAAUUUGGUUUGCACAAGUCGCACAACGAUGCGGGUGCCGACAUUCGCCGGCUGUUCAACGACAUUAUGAUGAUGAUGAUGAUGAUGCUACCAAAAGGGGAACAUACCAAGCCAGUCUCCUAGUGGCGCAUGCUAUAUGUGAAAUAAAACCGCGUAGUUGUGCAUAGUCAUACUGUUAAAUUGUACAUAAUACGUAGAGACAUCGCCAGGCAAUUUAAAAAAAAAUCGGCGAAAAUGCUAUGCUUGGAUAUCAAACUCGUUUCGCGACUGCGGGGUGUCUCCUCCGGAACUGCCUCGUCAACCGCGUCAUCAACGCACCCGACGACGGCCUCAGCUUCGUCAUCCUCGACGAGCUCCACGGAGAAAAGCAAGUCCCGCAAAGUGAAACGCCACGAGAGUGGCGAGGUCGCCAGCUCGACCACGACCAGCGACAGCGAAGAGGAAUCGUUGCGACCUAGUUCGAGCAUCCAGGAGAUGAUACGCAGGAACAGAUCCAGAUCGGUAUGCGUGGCAGCGCUCAUGCCGUCCUCGCAACUUAGGCAGUUACAUCGACGAGCCAGUCAUGUAUCCACUACGGAUGCAAUAGCGAGGCGAGGCGUCCUGUCGAGACGAUGUUACGGCAGUGUCGAAAUGCUGCCGCAGAUCGAGCAGGACGGUGCUGACAAUGGCAGAAGAUUCCGAGUGGAGAACGGAGAUUCUCUCGGGGAAAAAGAAGAGAUGUUCGGUUCGCCGAGUACGCCGAUAUUAGAAAAUCCAGAGUACCAAACGCGUUGGUACUUUAAAUACUUCUUAGGCAAACUGCAUCAAAAUUAUAUCGCUUCUGAUCAGGAGAGAAAUCCUCUCUUCCUCUCGGUAGUCACGAGCGAAGUCGGUGAUCAAUGCGUACCACACUAUAGAGUUAUUCUAUGGAGGCGAACUGGCGCGCAGAAAAUAUCGUUGCCGUAUUCGGCGAACAAAACAAUGACUAUCAGACAAAUUCUCAGCAACUUCUUCAGUCUGGAAAAACUCGACAAAGCGCCUCGUGAAGUUUUCACACCCGAAUUGCAAAAGGAUCUAUUACUAUUGGAGGAACAAGAAGGCUCGGUAAACUUUAAGUUUGGUAUAAUCUACGCGAGAGAGGGUCAGAUCACCGACGACGAGAUGUUGUCUAACGAAAGAGGUAGCCCGGGUUUCGAGAGCUUCCUGGAGAUCCUGGGUGAGAGGAUACGGCUCAAAGGUUGGGACAAAUAUAGAGGCGGCUUGGAUGUGAAAGGAGAUAUGACGGGAAAGGAAAGUUAUUACACGGUAUAUGCAGGUCACGAAGUUAUGUAUCAUGUUAGUACGAUGCUACCGUAUUCAAAGGACAAUCCGCAGCAACUCGAAAGGAAAAGACACAUUGGUAACGAUAUUGUUAACAUCAUUUACACGGACGAUCCAUCAGCCGUAGAUACUUUCAAUCCGAACUGUAUAAGAAGCCAGUUUACCCACGUGUUUGCCGUGGUGACGACCGAGGCGGAUGGCAAGGGUUGGCGGGUCGCUAUUUAUUGCGACGAGAACGUACCCCUGUUCGGACCGAGCCUUCCCUGUCCACCAGUUUUCGAGGACCCGUAUAAUCUCCGCGAAUUUCUCCUUGUUAAAUUGAUCAAUGGCGAGAAAGCUACUUUUGACACGCCGACAUUCUCUAGAAAGAGGGAAAGAACUCUCGACGCCCUGUUGCGAGACAUGUACCAGGAGCAUUCGCAAGACAGCAAGAGCAACAGCAUGUUAAAUCGCCGAGCACUUUCGGAUGUCGUGGAGACACCGGGUCGACGGCGAGAAGAGACACGCGCUGUCGAAAUGGUGCGAGUCGGACAAGCCUUGAAAUUGGAAGCUAUCAUGCGUGGCCUCGCACCCACCUCUCUCGCCACUGUCGGCCCUUUGAAGCCCAGGCCAUGGGAACCAAGAUGCAUCUAUCCCGACUUUCCUUACGAGGUCGUUUGCGGUGAUGUCUGGCUGGAGAACAGGCUGAUCCUCGCCUCGGAGAAUGGGACGUUUCUCAUCGAAGAUGGGGUUUCGCACAGAUUGCUCUUCGAUGAAUCAGUGCAGAUUAAGCAACUGGAUGUGAUCGAGCAGCACGGUAUACUCUUAUUCCGUGCUGGCGAUAAAGGUAAGGAGAGUAGCGUCUACGUUUUCCGGCUGCGAGAGUUUGAAAGCGAUGCUUCCGUGAGAUGCGCCGAGCUGUUCAACGAUCGCGAGAAUGACGAUCGGGAGAAGGAGGAAGAAGAUGACGACGAGGACGUCGAGGAUGACGAUGAUGAUUGCGACGAGGACGACGCCGAGUGUGACAAUUUCACACGUGCCACCGCCAAGUUUCAACCGGUAGGACGUCCGCGAGCGCGGAUGCGCGUUCGCGCCCCGGCCGUUCGAAGCCGAGCGCAUAUCAAGGAGAGAAAGCUGCGGCGUACACGGGGAUGUCAAUUGUACAGCAUCACGAGACCCGGAGGAUCGCAUUUACGUAUGUGCGUAGUCGUCGGUCGCCGACUCACGGUCCUUCAGUGGAAGCACAAUGCAGCCUGGACCAUCUGGUGCUCGUCAGCUGAUACCGACACCAUCGACGGUUUUCUACUAGUGAAGGAAUUUACCGCGAGCGAGACACCCUCAUUAGUAACGAUGAUCGAGAGCGUCGAUCCAGCGAACGAAUGGACACUGUGUUGCGGUGCCCGUCAUCACUUCGAAUUGAUCUCCGCUUCCGGUACUUCGAGGAUAGUCCACAUGGAAGCGACGCCUAAGCCACACUUGGUAGCGGCGUUGGAUCUUCGCGAGGACGAGGAGCCGGAACUGUUACUUUGUUACAACAAUACAUGUCAUUUUCAAAAGCUGGCGGAAGAGAGUACUGCGCCAACCGAAUUCGAUUUUAAUUGGAAUUCGAUGCCGACAGUCGUAGCCUGUGCCUUUCCAUACGUGAUUGCCUUCACUAACGACACGAUGGAGAUUCGAUUGAUAAUAAACGGCAACCUGGUUCACACGAUCGCCAUGCCCAGUCUCAAUUUGAUCACCUCGAAACGAGACAUCUUCUUCGCAACCACGGCGCCGGAAUUUUUUCCAGGAAAAUGUGAGCGAAUCCGAUUGGACUCGAAACCUCUCGAGAAGGAGGAAAUGCCUUGCAGUCCACCACUGACCGCACAGUCUUCGUCCUCCUCUCGAUCGAGUGUUCAGAACAGUCAAGGUGAUUGGAAGCCGAUAAGGAUCUACCGGAUACCACUGCAGACGCUGUCGAGAAGCACGGCGUCCAACUGCAGUCAGAGGAGAUGUCCGAGUCCCGCGGAGCCGGAAAUCGUUUCCGCACCACCGACCUCCGACAGAACCUUCCUGAGCGUCGAACCUCAACGUGUACACAGCAGGUCCUGCAGCAGCAGUCCUACACCCACACCGACCACGAAUUUGCCAUCGCCAUGUAAAAAAUAGACACCGUAGUUUCUUGACGCUUGGCAAUCGAUUGCAUUAAUUGUGAUCUUAACAGGAUCGAUUACAUAAAAAAAAAAA